AUGUAUCAGCAAGCGGUUGUUGGAAUGAGUCACAUUUCAUUUGGGGAAGAAGAAACAGCAUCUCCUAAAAAAUCAAUAUCCCAAGCUAAACAACGAGAACUAAUGGACAUAAUAUAUUCGCACCCCCCGCCCGAAAUCCAACCCCGCCCGUUAGCUGCCCGAGCUUUAGCUCUCCGAGAAUCCAUAACCAUCGGAGAAUCCACUCCACAUAAUAGUAACGGGGGAGAAUGUGUGGUGAAGACAGCGAAGAAGAUUCCGAAUCAGAAACUGACGGAACUUUCUGGAAACAAUAUUUUUAAAGGAGAUGACACGUCAGCAUCGGUGGAGAAGCCGUUGAGUUCCGCGAAGCUACGGGAAAUGAGCGGGAGUAAUAUUUUUGCGGACGGGAAAGCGGAGUCGAGAGACUAUUUAGGCGGUGUUCGGAAGCCACCUGGCGGUGAGAGCAGUAUCGCGUUGGUGUAGUCGAUGUUUCUGUUAGGUUUUGAAUUUGGAUUUGACUAUCUGGUUUUUUAUUUAUUUAUUUAAGGGUUAAUGACUUAUUUAUGCAAUCUACUAAUGUGUUUUUACUUGGUUAUGUUUUAGUUUGGUACAUAUUUUUGGGGUUAAUGUC